AUGGACCCUAUGGACUUACAGUGAAUUCUGAGAAAGGUCAGAAAAUAGGGAAGGUGUUUACAUUUGAUAAAGGUGAAGCAGUCCAGUUUUAUUGCUCAGCGGAUUCCAAUCCACCAAAUACUUAUUCAUGGAUCCGGAAAUCAGAGAACUCCACACAUGUAAUUACACAUGGAAGAUACCUGGAAGUUGCAUCUGAAAAGGUGACACAGAAAGCAGAAGAAUACAGGUGCAGUGCAUACAAUUACAUGACUGGAAAACGGGAUGAAACUGGCGUCUUUGUGGUAAUUAUACCUAUAGGAUCGGCGAAGAUGAUGCAAAAAGGAAAAUAUUUGUCUCCUCUAGCAAUAAUAACUGGAAUUUCUGUAUUUUUGAUAGUAUCAAUGUGCCUUCUAAUACUAUGGAAAAGAUUUCAGCCUUGUAAAGCUAUACAGCGGAAGCUGCAGAGCAGGCCUGCAUCAGAUUACAGACAAGCACAAAGCAUUUCAGGACAUGAGAAUGCACUAGAUGAUUUUGGAAUAUAUGAAUUUGUUGCAUUUCCAGACCCUACAGGAAUUUCUAGGGUUUCCAGUCAGUCAGGUUCUGGCUCUGAUGUUCAGUUUCAGGAUUUUCAUGGUACAGUUUAUGAAAUUAUUGGACACAUUCCUGUACAGCACCAUGACCAGCAGCAUUGUACAUGAAGAGAUAAAAGAAAGCAUAUUGAUGACAUCUGUUUCUGAAGGUGAACAGGAGAAGCAGCAACAGCUGGCAGGAGAAUGGGAUCAACAAUCCACUUAUAGUGAAAGCGCCAUCUUGGAUAUAGCAAACCCUUUUCCUUAUUGCUGCAUUCCUAAUGUUUUUGUAUGUGCUUUGUUUAAAUUAUAUUUCCUGGAAACAGCUGCUGAUUACAAGUUGGACUGCAAAAGUUGCAAAAACAACAAGCAGAGACAAAAAUGGCAAAGUCCUGGAUUUGAAAAUCUGGGAUUACUGCAUCCUUGUCCAGCUAGAGGGAUUUCCAGUGCUUCCCUUGAUUUAAACUGGAGAUGAAUGUGCCUUAAAACUUUACAUCGACUUGUACUGCUGGAGACCAUCUAUAUACUGCCAACAUUAAUGAAGUAUGUGUUCAUUAAGAAGCACCUGAUUUUUCAA